UAUUGGAAGGAAACACAAAGUCCAAGAACAGAGCUUUCAAAAAAAAUUUGUACUUCCCAACGGAUCUCUGACGUUCGGUCCAGAGCCGACGACGACCCACAAGCCGAAACCAAAGUUAUCUCUUUUCUCUCUCCCUCUCUCUCUCUUCUCCUGCGUUCGUGGUUGCUCUGCUUGCUUAAGCAGCAAUGAUCUCCCUGAAUCUAUCUCCUUCUCUGAAUCCGGGUCUCCUCCACAAGACCCGGACCCGUCAACAACCGACCCGUCUCUCUGCUCUGCUCGUCACCAACCCUGAACCCUUCAAGCACAGUUACUCACUAGGGCUUUCUCCGGUUCCCAGUCUCCAGAUUCGCACCGAUUCAAAACCCUUGCUUUCACUCACUAACCCCGGAUACACAUCUGGGUUCUCGAGAAAACCCAGAUCCGUCGCCGCCGCUGGGUCAUCGGAUUCGAAUCCAGAUGGGGAUUACGAAGAGUCCGAUCUUGGUGAAGCGGAGAAGAAAGCGAAGAAGGCGAAGACUCUUCAGUUAGGGAUCGUGUUCGGUCUUUGGUAUUUUCAGAACAUUGUCUUCAACAUCUUCAACAAAAAGGCACUCAAUGUCUUCCCUUAUCCAUGGCUUCUCGCUUCGUUUCAGCUCUUUGCAGGUUCCAUUUGGAUGUUAAUCUUAUGGUCAUUUAAGCUAUACCCUUGCCCUAAGAUUUCAAAACCCUUCAUCAUUGCUCUCCUUGGUCCUGCAUUGUUCCACACUAUUGGACACAUCUCAGCUUGUGUCUCGUUCUCCAAAGUAGCUGUUUCUUUCACUCAUGUUAUCAAAUCAGCAGAGCCUGUGUUCUCGGUUAUUUUCUCGUCUCUGCUCGGUGAUUCGUACCCAAUAGCUGUCUGGUUAUCGAUUCUUCCAAUCGUUAUGGGUUGUUCUUUAGCUGCAGUCACUGAAGUCUCGUUCAAUUUAGGUGGAUUAUCAGGAGCUAUGAUUAGUAAUGUUGGUUUCGUAUUGCGAAACAUUUACUCUAAACGAAGUUUACAGAGCUUUAAAGAGAUUGAUGGAUUGAAUCUGUAUGGUUGCAUCAGUAUACUCUCUCUGCUUUAUCUGUUUCCCGUGGCUAUUUUCGUUGAAGGAUCACAUUGGGUUCCAGGUUACCAUAAAGCCAUUGCGUCUGUUGGGAAACCAUCAACGUUCUACUUUUGGGUUAUGCUCUCUGGUGUCUUCUACCAUUUGUACAACCAAUCUUCGUAUCAGGCCCUCGACGAGAUCAGUCCAUUGACUUUCUCUGUAGGGAAUACAAUGAAGAGAGUUGUGGUGAUUGUCUCUACGGUUUUGGUGUUUAGGAAUCCUGUUAGGCCUCUGAAUGCUCUUGGAUCAGCCAUUGCGAUUUUUGGAACCUUCUUGUAUUCUCAGGCCACCGCAAAGAAGAAGAAGAUUGAAGUUGGAGGUGAUAAGAAGAACUAAAGGUUUUAAGGGCAAAUCCAAUGUUUCCUCAAGCUUUUGUAUUCUUUCCAAGUUUUGUUUUUUUUUUGCUGUUUUAAAUCUUAUUAUGAGACUAGAAUCUUCAUUUCUGUUAACUGGUUCAGUUGCUUAAAAGACUUUGAUCUACUUUAGUUCUUGACC